AUGUAUUCUCCGCUGUGCUUAACGCAGGAUGAAUUCCAUCCUUUCAUCGAAGCCCUGCUUCCCCACGUCCGGGCCUUCGCCUACACAUGGUUCAACCUGCAGGCCCGCAAGAGGAAGUACUUCAAGAAGCACGAGAAGCGCAUGUCCAAGGAGGAGGAGCGCGCCGUGAAGGACGAGCUGCUCGGCGAGAAGCCCGAGGUCAAGCAGAAGUGGGCGUCGCGCCUCCUGGCCAAGCUGCGCAAGGACAUCCGGCCCGAGUUCCGGGAGGACUUUGUGCUGACGGUGACGGGCAAGAAGCCGCCCUGCUGCGUGCUGUCCAACCCCGACCAGAAGGGCAAGAUGAGGCGGAUCGACUGCCUGCGCCAGGCGGACAAAGUGUGGAGGCUGGACCUGGUCAUGGUGAUUUUAUUCAAAGGGAUUCCCCUCGAAAGCACUGACGGGGAGAGGCUGGUCAAGUCUCCGCAGUGUUCCAACCCCACCCUGUGCGUGCAGCCGCAUCACAUUGGAGUUUCCGUCAAGGAGCUGGAUCUCUACCUGGCCUACUUUGUGCACGCAGCUGAAACCGGCCAAUCAGAAAGCCCCAACCAGGCCAGCGAUUCAGAUAUCAAGGAGCAGCCAGAGAACGGUCAUCUGGGUUUUCAAGACAGCUUUGUGACGCCCGGCGUCUUCACGGUGUCUGAACUUGUACGAGUCUCUCAGACACCUAUCGCAGCCGGUACCGGUCCAAAUUUCUCACUGGCAGACCUGGACAGCUCCUCUUACUACAGCAUGAGUCCAGGAGCCAUGAGGAGGCCGCUGCCGAGCACCUCCUCCUCCAGCUCUGCCAAGAGGAUAAAGUGUAUGGAGGAGGACGUGGACAGUCCAGGAGAGGAGUCCUACUACCCCAGUCAGGGUCGAUCUCCGGGGAGCGGCAGUCAGGCCAGCAGCUGGCACGAUGUGGAACCAGGUAGGUGCCCCCCACCCCGGAUGAAGAAGUCAGAGAAGUCUGGUUUCUGCGGCGCCGUGCCUCCUCCGAGCGGCGCCUCCACCUCCUCCUCUUCUUCUUUCUCCUCUUCCCCCCGAACGGCUUUCACACACCACCACCACCACCACCGGCCCGUCAUUACCGGGCCUCGAGCGAGCCCCCACGCCCCCCCCUCCAGCCUCCACUUUUCCUCCUCCCCCAUCCUGCAGCAGCCAGGCUCCUACUUCUCCCACCCGGCCAUUAGGUACCACCCGCAGGAGACGCUCAAGGAGUUCGUCCAGCUGGUCUGUCCUGACUCCGCCCAGCAGGCCGGACAGGUGGGCUUCCUCAACCCUAACGGUAGCUCCCAGGGAAAGGUGCACAACCCUUUCCUGCCGACGCCCAUGCUGCCUCCCCCGCCGCCUCCCCCAAUGGCCCGUCCCGUCCCGCUGCCCAUCGACGCCAAGCCGCCCUCCACCUCCGAGGGCGGGGGCGGGGGCAACUCGCCCACCUCGCCUACUUACUCCACGCCCACUUCAUCUCCGGCCCAGCGGUUCGUCAGCGUUGGACCAAGAGAUCCUGGCUUCAACAUCCCUCAGCAACCACAGUGGUACCUGGGAUAAGGACUCCAGAGGCCACCC